GGCCGAGCCGAGGCCCGGCUUUUCCUCUUCCCCGACCCCUCUCCCCACAUUGGCGGCGGCGGCGGCGGCGCCAUAUUGCCCCCAUUCCCCAUGUUCUCCAGUUGAUGCUCUCCGCCUCAGCCCCGACCGCUGCGGCCGUCUCUCCUGCCACUUCCUCUCCGCUUCCCGCCCUAACCCCCCAAACCCUAGCCCCUUCUCCCCUCAUGUGGCGCCGCCUCCCCGCCCGCCGCCUCGCCUCCGCCCUCCUCUCCUCCUUCCCAGUCACGAGCGCCGCUGCCCCGCGCGCUCCUCCUCUCAAGCGUCGUCUUCUCCCGCCCCCGCGCUUUCCCUCGUUGCAGCAGGAACCGCGUUCGUUCGCCUCCUCCGCCGCAGCCGAGGUGGUGUCCUUGGAGGAGGCCGAAGAGCUGCACCACGCGCUCGAGAACUUCCAGGUGCAGCCGAACCAGAAUCAACCUCCUCCGCCGGUGGAGGAGCAGCAGGCAUCCGGGAGAGACCACCGUAGUCGGCAUCGGCGGAACAGGCGCGGACAGCAAGCACAAGUGGCGGCGGCGGAGCACGGGAUGACUUACCACAAAUACGCCUCCUUGCGCCGCCGACAGAUCCGCGUCGAAACGGAGGCGUGGGAGCAGGCCGCAAAGGAGUACCGCGAGCUCCUUGCGGACAUGUGUGAGCAGAAGCUCGCGCCCAACCUUCCCUAUAUAAAGUCGCUCUUCCUGGGCUGGUUUGAGCCGCUGCGGGACCAAAUCGCUGCAGAGCAGGAGCUCGUGGCGGACCGUGGGUCCAGGGCUUCACAUGGGCCGUACUUCAACAUGCUUCCUGCGGAUAUGAUGGCGGUCAUAACUAUGCACAAGCUCAUGGGACUGCUCAUGACUGGCAGUGGGGACGGGAGCGUUCGAGUCAUCCAGGCAGCAUGUCAGAUUGGCGAGGCUAUCGAGCAUGAGGUUCGAAUCCACAGAUUUCUAGAGAAGACAAGGAAAAAAAGCAACAAAGAAAAGGAAAAUGAAGAAGAAAUUUGUGACUCAGACAUUUCCAAAGAACAACAGCGUCUAAGAAAGAAAGUCACUGAUCUGAUGAAAAAGCAAAAGUUACGGCAAGUUAGGAAGAUAGUGAAAAAUCAAGAUGAUUCCAGGCCAUGGGGUCAAGAUGCUCAUGCGAAAGUCGGCAGUCGUUUGAUUGAGCUGUUUAUUGAAACAGCCCAUAUACAGCCAGCUGCUAGCCAGUCAUCAGAUGGUCUGCCUGACAUUCGUCCUGCUUUCAGACAUGAAAUGAGAACGGUGCCGAAGGAACAACAGAAGCUUAGUCGCAGAUAUGGUGUCAUCAAGUGUGAUCCACUGGUUCGGCAAGGCCUGGAUAGAACAGCAAAACACAUGGUCAUUCUGUACAUGCCUAUGUUGAUUCCCCCAAUCUGUUGGUCAGGAUAUGAUAAGGGAGCACACCUGUUUUUACCAUCCUAUGUGAUGCGCACCCAUGGUGCUAGGCAGCAGAGGGAGGCUGUUAAAAGGGCUCCAAAGGAACAGUUGCAAUCAGUUUUUGAGGCCUUGAAUACUCUUGGGAGCACGAAGUGGAGGGUUAACAAAAGAGUUCUUAGUAUUAUUGACAGAAUAUGGUCAAGUGGUGGUCGGCUUGCUGACCUGGUUGAUCGUGCUGAUGUUCCCUUACCUCAGAAGCCUGACACAGAAGAUGAAACUUUGCUAAAGAAGUGGAGGUGGCACAUGAGGUCAGUCAAGAAGGAAAACAGUGAAAGGCAUUCUCAGAGAUGUGACAUUGAGCUCAAACUUGCUGUUGCUCGAAAAAUGAAGGAUGAAGAGGGAUUUUACUACCCACACAACCUUGAUUUUAGAGGUCGUGCUUAUCCAAUGCAUCCUUACCUGAACCACUUGGGUUCCGACCUUUGUCGAGGGGUUCUGGAGUUUGCUGAAGGUCGUCCACUUGGCAAGUCAGGCUUGCAUUGGCUGAAGAUACACCUAGCAAAUUUGUAUGCUGGUGGUGUUGAUAAGUUAUCAUAUGAUGGCCGGAUUGCAUUUGCUGAGAAUCACUUGGAGGAAAUAUUUGAUUCUGCUGAUAGGCCAUUAGAAGGCAAACGAUGGUGGCUUGGGGCUGAAGAUCCAUUCCAGUGCCUGGCAGUAUGCAUGAAUCUUGCUGAAGCUUUAAGAAGCUCGUCUCCAGAAACAACGAUAUCACAUAUUCCUGUGCAUCAGGAUGGUUCUUGUAAUGGCCUGCAGCACUAUGCAGCUCUUGGAAGGGAUAAGUUGGGAGCUAUUGCUGUCAACUUAGUUGCUGGAGAGAAGCCUGCAGAUGUUUACUCCGGAAUAGCUACCAGGGUGGUUGAAAUUAUGAGGAGGGAUUCACAAAAGGAUCCUUCUACAGAUCCUGAUGCAGCUCAUGCUCGUCUGAUACUUGAUCAGGUGGAUAGAAAAUUGGUGAAGCAAACUGUGAUGACAUCUGUGUAUGGUGUCACUUAUGUUGGAGCACGUGAACAAAUAAAAAGAAGACUGAAAGAGAGGGGGGUCAUUGCUGAUGAUGCGGAAUUAUUUGGUGCAUCAUGUUAUGCUGCUAAGGUUACUCUGACAGCACUUGGCGAGAUGUUUCAAGCUGCCCGUAGUAUCAUGAACUGGCUUGGUGACUGUGCCAAGGUAAUUGCUUGUGAAAAUGAACCUGUGAAAUGGACGACCCCUCUUGGGCUUCCAGUUGUUCAACCAUAUCGCAAACUAGGGAGGCAUCUUAUUAAGACGUCGUUACAGGUUCUGACCCUUCAGCGGGAGACUGAUAAGGUUAUGGUGAAGCGGCAGAGGACAGCUUUCCCUCCAAACUUUGUGCAUUCCCUUGAUGGUUCUCAUAUGAUGAUGACUGCUGUUGCUUGCAAAAGGCAAGGCCUCAACUUUGCAGGAGUUCAUGAUUCUUAUUGGACCCAUGCUUGUGAUGUUGAUACAAUGAACAAAAUACUCCGGGAGAAGUUUGUGGAACUCUAUGAUACACCUAUUUUGGAAAAUCUGUUGGAGAGUUUCGAGAAAUCUUUCCCUAAGUUAAAGUUCCCACCAUUACCAGAGAGGGGAGACUUUGAUAUGAAGGAUGUCCUUGAGUCUCCUUAUUUUUUCAACUAGCACAAUUAUGAUAGCAUUGCAUGCCCCCCGCACUCUGCUUGCCUAUUCACAGCCUGCACCUAUCCUGAGUUUUGAGUACAGUGCCGCCAGCUCAGAUGUUGAAGCUAAAUCUUUUACUGGCUGAAGCGUACCAUCUUCAAGACAUCAUGCAUGACCUUAUCCAAAAGUGUGGCUUCGCAGAAGUAUACAGAGGAUGUUCUUACUGAGCUGUACAAUUCGAUACUUCGAGGACUCAGCAUGUUGCCUUGAAGUAAUCAAUAACAGAUAUGGUGAGGAGGUUUGCAGUUAUGCUAACAGCAAAUCCAAAUAAAAGGGGAUGAUCCCCCCCCCCCCCCCCGCGGCGCGGGUCAAGGCUUACGCAUAACAUUCACAUACUGAUCCCUGUAAAUGUAAUUAUAUAGCUUUUGUCUGUCACUAAUCUGUUUUUUAUUCUUGAUCUUGAACUAUAGAGGGAUAUUCUGCUAAGGGGACCAGCUGACGAAGGAUUAUUUCAUUGCUAACUUUGUAGUUGUAAGAUAACAAUUUAAUAAUAAAUGGAUACGCAGUGGUUUCUUAUCCA